UAUUGACCGUUCUCAUGGCGUUAACGCUUACGUCACUGUCAUCCACCAAUCAGCUCACAGAAGGUGGAGCUAGGAAAACAUGUCGUCUAUAUCGGAGCUCUACGAUGUCACUUGGGAAGAAAUGCGUGACAAACUCCGUAAGUGGAGAGAAGAGAAUUACAGGAACAGUGAGCAGAUCGUGGAUGUUGGUGAAGAGCUGAUUAAUGAGCACGCGUCUAAACUUGGAGAUGACAUUUGGAUAAUUUACGAGCAGGUGAUGAUCGCAGCGUUGGACUGCAGUCGUGACGAUCUGGCCUGGAGUUGCCUACAGGAGCUGAAGAGGCAGUUUCCAGACAGUCACAGAGUGAAGCGAUUAGCAGGGAUGCGGCUGGAGGCUCUGGAGAGGUAUGAGGAUGCCAAUAAGCUGUACGACUCAAUUCUACAAGAUGACCCGACAAAUACGGCAGCAAGGAAGCGCAAGAUCUCCAUCCUGCGAGCGCAGGGCAAAAGCAGCGAGGCCAUUCGCGAGCUCAACGAAUAUCUGGAGCAGUUUGUGGGAGACCAGGAAGCAUGGCAUGAGCUGUCAGAACUCUACAUCAAUGAGCAUGAUUAUGCAAAAGCAGCUUUUUGUCUUGAAGAGCUGAUGAUGACAAACCCACACAAUCACCUGUACUGUGAACAGUACGCUGAGGUAUGAUUUCUUUCUCCCUGCCUGAAACAAAUGUUCUUUUUAGGGAUGCACCGAAU